AAUGCACACACACACAUACCUAAUUACAUCUUAAUAUAAGUAAGUGCCUGAAAAUAUUACAGGACAAUAAAAAACAAAGACUUUAGGGCUACAGAAAAAGUAAAUAGAUCACAUAAAGUGAUAUAAAAAAAAUGUUCCGUUGUAGUCUAACUUGUGCUGCUGUUCAAAUGACUGCAGGCUAUAAUGGGCCUUUUAAGGAAAGCAAACACCAGUAAGCAAAAGAGAGAUCAACAGAGCUAAAGGUUUGCUUGUUGCGUGUUUGUUUAGACCACUGUCACACACAACAAGGGUGACAUGAAAAUUACAAUCAGACAUCCAUUUUGUCAUUUGUAAGAGACAAGUAAGUAAGAUAUACAUUAGUAAAGAAUAAAGAGUAUAAAUCUAGUAAGUUUAAUAGUCCUGUGUGGUUUCUGCUUCUUGUCUCCAUAAUGUAGAAUAGCUACUAUUGUAGGCUAAAUCGGUAUUCAUGAAUAAAUAUUUAAUUGUGUUUUCUUCUGUACAGAAAUCCCAUUGGUAGAGAUGUAAUAGUGUAGUUGUCUGAGGUACAGGUGUGCUGCUUCCUGCCUGCCAUAUUUAUUCAUAUCGGUGACGUCAGUGGAUUCUGAGCCAUAGCACCCGAACGUUCUCGUCUCGCGGCCGUCUCCCCCUCACCAUGACAACGACACUUUUUAGCAUCGUCAGAGGACUAACCGUUAGCUCCUUCGCACAGUAUCUGGCAACGAUUUUUCUGUAAAAUACUGUGUUUAAAAUUCGCCAUUUGCGGAGAUAUUAUUUUCAUGUAGGAAGGCCAUCCUCUGCUGGUAAGCAGCCUCAUGCGUCGGAGACCAGCCGGAGGCAGAAGGAGACGCCGUUUAGCUGCGUGAACAACAUGGCUCUGCUUAAGCAUCCCUGGCUGCUGCUCGCUUGUGUUGUGUUGUUGUUGUUGACGGUUCAACCUGCCUUCACUCGUUCUUCUCCGAUAUCGGACCUUAAAUCUAAGAUAUCAGGGGUGGAGGAGCUGCUGGAGGAGUUCCGCAAGACGCUCCAGCAGGACCAGGCGUACAGGGCAAGCGAUGUGAUUGACUCCUGUGUGGGCGACUUCGACGCCGUUGGGGAGCGCAUCAUCCGGGCUAGGGCCUCUGUGGAGCAAGGGGCCACCUUCCUGCUGGUGCCGGAGAGGGUGUACAGCUGGAAGGACUGCCUGCACGCCUGCUGCUCCCAGCCUCACUGCACCGUGGCGCUGGUCCAGGAGGACCUGAGGCAGCCCGGGGACAGCCUCCGAUGCUACCUGUUCAACUGCACCUACAGGAACAAAAAUGUCUGCUCCUUCGCUCCACAGCAAGGCUUCACCACAUACAGCCGGACUCCCAACACAACGCAGGGACACCUCCCUGUUUCAUCCAGCGGUUCAGCCAGGAGGCCGGGGGAAGGGCUCCCUGAUGAGGGUGAUGCACAAGAGGUGGAUGAGCCUCCUCGCAGUGACGCUGGGCAGGAUGUGGUGAUCCAGUUGCCCACAGACUGGGCCGUCCUGGAUGGCCGGGACAGUGUGGAUGACCAUGGGAUCAGCCACUAUGAAUGGACUCUUGUUAAAGGGGCUACAGCCAUCAAUAUGAAGGCGACCCAUCCAGGGCUUUUGAAGAUAAGUGGUCUCCAGGAGGGUGUGUACACUUUCCAGAUGACAGUCACGGACAUAUCGGGCCAGAAGAGCUCCGACAACGUCUCCGUCACUGUGCUGGCACCAAAACACCAAGCAGAAGUGUGCACAGGUCACUGUUCAAACUACCAGUUCAAGUGUGAUGACGGUUGCUGUAUUGACAUCACCUAUGCUUGUGAUGGGAAGCAACACUGUCCAGAUCGCUCUGAUGAAGACUUCUGCCCAAACUUCGACAGCAGCAGGAAGUCAGUCACCCACCCUGUCGACCUACCCAGCCCUCAUCGAUCUGGAGCUCAGACAGAGGAGGCUGAGGAUGGCUCCAUGCUCCAGAAUGGACCCAGGAAGACCAUAGAGAGCAUCGUACCACUUCAGGACAGCACUGUUACUCAACAAAGUCCCAGUCAACAGAAGGCUUCUGUCAGUCAAUAUCCGUGUGCUGCAGCUCCAGUCGUAGGACCCUGUAAAGGCACCUUCCCACGCUGGUACUAUGACCAAAACGCAGGAGAAUGCAAACACUUUCUGUAUGGUGGUUGCCAGGGCAACCAUAACAAUUUCCUCCAGGAAUCAGACUGUGUCAGUGAAUGCAUACAAAAAAGUCCGGCUUUCAAACCAGCAACUGUGGCCCCUCCCAUCACCAGACAGACUGAAAUAGCUGCCCCUAAAGUCUCCCAGAAACAAGCAGAGAGCGACGUCCCGGUCUCAAAACCAUUUCCAGUGAUGGGAGGACAUCCAGUCCCAGAGUCAGGUGCAAUCCUUCCUCUGGCUCUCGGACUAAUCAUCACCGCCCUGCUUCUGCUCAUGAUCGGCUGUCGUCUCAGACUCGUUCGUCACAAGCUGAAGAAAGCCCGAGCCCUCACCACGGAGGAGUCUGAUUACCUCAUCAACGGCAUGUACCUGUAGCCAAUCAAUCAGGGGCAGCAAAUAGAAGAGCGCAGAUAUCUGACAAAGAGACUCGGAGAGGGUGUCAUCAUCAGAGCCUGAGCCAGGACUUCUUAAACUUGCACUCUGCAUUUCUUGUCUCUAAUUUGUCCUCACUUCAAGCUGGAAACAUCCCAACUCUCACCUAUCAUGAAAGUUUCUCACACUGAACCCCUCUGAUUGAUAAAACUGCUGCUGAUAGACGCUGUCAUCAAAACCAAUGACAUAGAUGCUCGUGAAUUCAUGCUUAUGUUGUCUUAACAAAAUCUGAUUGUGAAUCCCUGAGGAAUUAUCAACAUUCUUACUUAGAUGCUGAUAUACUGGUCUGUAUUCCCCCAUUGAUUUCUGGGAUAUACCUUAAGUCCCUUUUAUUAAAAUAAUUUUCAUCCCUGAAAUUGGUUGCUUUGAUAUUUAUUUUAUUUAUUCAUUUUCCUGACUAGUGCUGCAUAAAAAUGUUGUAUUUCUGCCACUGGAUGGCGCUGAUCUACCAUGCUGUAGAUUUUACCCGAACUAAACUGAGGGCAGAACUUAAAUACUUUGGAGUGCCUGUUGUUAAAGUUAGUCUUUCAGUAUCCCAGAAUAAAGCCAUAGUAAGUUGAACCCA